GAAAGUAUAAAAGCAGGCAGCAACGACCUAAAUUUUAUAUUCAUCUUGUCUUGUAAGCAACAAAAGUAACAAAUACCUAAUAAGAGUGAAAUAUGAAGACUUUAGCGUUGUUGAUCUUGUUUGCCGGACUUUGCGCUUUUGUAAGUGCAGAGGAAGACUACAACAUUGACACUGAAGAAUUUGACGAAGAAUCGGAGGAAGACUACAACUUUGACACUGAAGAAUUUGACGACGAAUACGAAGAUGCACUUGGUCUGAAGAGGCCAAGGGUAAGUGACUCCAUUUAAACUAGCCUUCGCUAAAUUGGAUAUUCCUGUUUAAAUAUUGAUUAAAUGAAAUGAAAUGAAAUAAAUGAAAUAGAAUUAACCAUAAAGUAGAAUGGCAUAGCUAGAAAGCCUUGCAGGGACUCCGGAACAAUAAAACAAAAGAGGCAAGACAGAGACACACAGUUAUAGUCAGUGGCAGAUGGGUUCGGUUCAUGUGAAUCGAUUCUAUAAAUAUUAUAAACAUUCUCAACUCUUGUCGCACAAACACUUACUUCCCUACUACUGAAGUCAUGGAUCUCCCUCAUCUUAUACAAAAUGUAAUAUGUGAUAUAAGUAAUUGUAUAUUAUAACCAAGGAAAUAAUGCAAUAACUAUAUAUGUGAUAUAAAACCAUAUUUUACAGCCACGCCCAGGCAAAUUGCUGGAGAAAGUAAAGAAACUCUUGGGAAAGGUAAAGCACAUAUGCUGUUCGAGCGAUCAUGCAGUGCCAAACAUUUUGAUUAACAUUUUUCAUUGAAAGUAGUCAACUACUGAUGAAAGCUACAGGAGGUAGCCGAAAAUUUUGUAGAUCAGUUUUAAUAAGAUUUUUUUAAAGAAUUAAAAAGAAAAAGAACAUAUAGUCUGUUUCUUCCCCUUUUUGUAUAAUAAUUAAUCAAAUAGUUGUAAAACGUUAACAACAAUCGCGGUUAUUUGUUUACAGUUGUGCAGCAAAGAUAAACCGCCUGCCUUGUGCAAAAGGAUCGGAAAGGUAUUUGUAAAACUUAAUCAUGACUACAAAUACUCAUAAUGUUAAAUCAGUUCUCCACUCCUUUCUACUCAUAGUUUGGACUCCUUAUACAUUUGAUGCGGGAAACGACAAAACGCGGACCCCAGGUCCGUGGACUACCUUCGUGGACCUGGUCCGUGGACUACCUUCGUGGACCACUCUCGUGGACCACUCUCAUGGACCACUUGCGAGACACCAGAUUUUUGGGGUUUGAAUUCUUGACUGUGCAUGCAAAAAUCGGUGCUCGAGUCGAGUUCAGUCAUUAUUAUCAUUGUGGAAACUUUACACAAAAUGUGAAGUUCUAAAUCCAUUCACUACAUGACCGUUCUAAAAUAUAAGUGUGCAAUUACGACUUUAAUGCAAAGUUUCCGAAUAUAUGCCCUUAAAAUUGGUAGUUUUUUUUCUCGAUCGCUACAGGAAAUGCAAGAAAAGCAGUAAUCGAGCUUCAAAAAUUAAUAUUUUUGGGAGAGGACCUUCAGGCAUUGAAAGGUCAUUGCAACUUACGACUUCUACAGUUCAAGUGAUUUUUUAACAGUAAAAUUCGAAUAAUUCAGUAAAAUCCUUUGACCCCCUCCUCCCCUCCCCUCCAGAUUCUCCACAGUAUUCCUAUAUUUUUUAAUGGAACCCUGACUACAUUUUUUCAGCAUUUUUACAGACUUAGUAUUCACUGUUCAUCAACAAAAACUGAAUUGAUUGUGAAAUAAAUAAUGGAAAUGAAUAAUGAAAUAGUUCCCGCCAAUCUCGGCUCCCUAAACUCGGAAUAAUAGUGCUUGGUCUAUUGUUCGGUAGGCGAAAUUUCGCAAGUGGUCCACGGGAGUGGUCCGUGGUCCACGAGUGUAGUCCAUGGACCAGGUCCACAAAGGUAGUCCAUGGACCUGGGGUCUGCGUUUUGUCGUUUCCCAUUUGAUGCAAUGUUGUUGAAAGGCCGGAACAUGUCUACAUAGCAAUCUAAGCUGGUGUCAUAGAAGUUUGGAAGCACAUGCAUGCAUGUUCUUAUCACUGUGGUACCUAUACCCCAUCAAUUUCCGGAUUGCGACAUUACCUUAAAUCCCACUCUGGUGAACCAAUCCUCGCCUCCUUGGAUUGAUUUUGAUAAUCAUUUCAAAAUUCAAAUGUUCUGUUGAAUUUUUAAUCCACAUGCAUUAUAUGAGUAGAUUCGAGCUUAUGAUCUUUUUAAAAUGGACAUUUUGCAAUCAUACCGUCACCUUUUAUUACUCUAGUGCAAAAAGAACAAGAUGGCCGCACUUAAAUGCUUGAUGAAGAUAAUAGUAAGUGACUGAAUAUUUAAUACGCACUAUGGAAUACAUACUUUCACGAAAAUUGAAAAACUAAUUUGUUUUGCUUUUUCCUCACUUAGAGAUGUUCCAAUACUAUUUAAAUUAUAACUUUGCUUUACACAACUGUUUAUUUUCCUAUUUGUAGUGCAAAAAAUAUCCCAAGAAAAAAAUAUGUAAGGUAAGAAUAUUAACAUGUUAUAAAAAAUGGAAAGUUGCUAAAUAACUGUGUGAAUACAAUGUUAUAUUGUUUGUUUACGUGAGAUUUAUCCCUUUUUCUUUCCUGUCGUAUGAUGUGAAUCAUUGAAGGCAACAUUAAUAUUCAUACUAUUUACGUCGACGUCAAAUUCGAUAAUAGAAACGACGAUUCUAGCUAAUAUAUUCUUUGACUCGCCCAAAACGCAUCAUUCUAUAUCGGCCAGAUGAGUUGGGGACGACUUAUGAUAGCCAUGUGAAAAUAUUUAGUCAACGCUCUGCCGAAAGUCGUGGGUUUCCUCCGAGUACUCUGGUUUCCUCCCACAAGGAAUGUUGACAGGGUUGGGAAGAAUUUUCCCUAAAACGUGACCCUUCCAUCGUAGCUGUACUCCGUGAUGCUAUAUGCGCCCUUAUAUGAGGGCCGUUAAUUUGCCAUUGCGGUCGCUUUGCCCGCGCGGGCGGAGCGGGCUUUGAUAAUCCGCUCACGCGGGCGUCAAAAACAAUGAACGCUUCGCCCGCGCGGGCAAAGCGGACGUUAAUGGAAAACGGCGUUUAGAAAACCUUCCACUCGAUCACGAUGAGCUGUGUCCUUCGCAAUUCAGCUUAGCUCUCAGCUACAAGUAAGGAUAAGCACACCCCCUAUACUUACCUGCUUACUUACUUACGUAUGCGCGUGAUCGCCUCCGCCUGAUUUCAUGAAUCAUGUCACUCGAGGUAAUAUAAUUAAACGAUACGAUGACGCAGGGUGAUUCGAUGAAAAAUUCAUGUUCAUGUGGUAAAAACCAAGCUUUUUGAUUACAGAAUUUGAGUAUAAUAUUAUAAUAUAUACAACAUAGGCGGCUGUGUUGUAUAAGAUAUAAUACGAUCUGAAGGCGGUACAUCUAAUAGCACCGAGGCGAAUCGUCUUGAUCUUCAAUAAUCUUAAAAACACGAAAGAUAUUUUGUGAGGAAAAUGGACUUAAAGCUGAUGUAAAGAAUUUUGCAGUUAUUUAGUUAUAAAAGCUCUAAAAAAAGCCGGGUCAUGAAAUCUUUUGUGUUUUUUACGAAACUUUUUAGAGACCUCGACCAACCGGACGACCUCACCCAAGUGGACCUCACCCAAGCGGACGACCUCACCCUAGUAGACGACCUCGCCCAAGCGGACGACCUCACCCAAGCAGACGACCUCAUCCAAGUGGACGACCCAGCGGACGACCUCACCCAAGUGAAACCGAGCCACCUACCGCUAUGUAAUCAACCAUUAUUUUCCAUGAACCUGGUAGGACUUAAUUCAUGCUGUAGAACAUUCCUGAAAACAAACUAAACAACGUUUAUAUUUGUCAUAAAAUUGAAGUGCUAACCAGUUUCUUGCACUUUGUUUAUUUACUUUUAAAAACCUUUCGAUUACAACUGUUUUGGAAGGAAUUUUGGUGCGUGUAGAAGUUUUCAUGACAUAGCCAAAUCAAUGAACGUCUUUUAUAGGUAUCAACACAACGCGAUAACAUUGGAGGCUAUUAUAACUUUGAGACACAUCUGCUUUGUGCGAAAGUCUUCAAUUGAAAAAAUAGGGCAAGCUUAGGGUAUUAGCGACGGUAUUCGGCAAUGCGAUCGGACUGAAAGUUUUUCGUCGUAAAGCUGGAAAUGAUAACGUGCUCACGUAAUUUGCGUUUCUUCUUUUAGGCAAAGAAAAAAGACCCAAUUCUAGUUGUAGUGAUAGAUAAAAAAUGUAAAAAUAACAAAAAUAUUGUACUUGGGAAAGAAAAUCAAAUACAACCUCAGCAUUGA